AUGUCUAAAUGCAAUUCCUGCACCACGCCGGCAGACCCUCGUGCUUGCUUUGCCGCCGACGAUAGCCCACCUAUCUCCGACCCUACACUGUAUCGAAGUCUCGCUGACGCCCUCCAGUACUUAACUUUUACACGCCCUGCUAUCUCUUUCGCCGUCAAGCAAAUCUGUCUAUACAUGCAUGAUCCCCGCGAAUCUCAUCUCAAAGCACUCAAACGAAUCCUGGGCUACCUCAAGGGUACUCUUGAUCACGGCCUCCAACUCUACCCGACACAACCUACAGGCCUCAUCGCUUACACGGACGCCGACUGGGCUGGCUGUCCCUCUACUCGUCGUUCAACUUCCGGCUACUGCAAUUUCCACGGUGACAACUUAAUCUCUUGGUCCUUCAAACGUCAACACAUUGUCUCCCGCUCAAGCGCCGAAGCUGAGUAUCGCGGCGUGGCCAACGUCGUCGCUGAAACAACAUGGCUUCACAACCUCCUCCUAGAAUUACAUUGUCCUCUCAUGAAAGCAAUUAUUGUCUACUGUGACAAUAUCAGCGCCGUCUACCUCUCCACAAACCCUGUUCAACAUCAACGCACAAAACAUGUCGAGAUCGACAUUCACUUCGUUCGUGAACGUGUCGCCCUCGGAACAGUCCGUGUCCUUCACGUCCCCUCGUCACACCAAUACGCGGAUAUCUUCACAAAGGGGCUUCCCACUCCAUUGUUCAACGAGUUUCGUUCCAGUCUAAGCAUUCUUCCGAACGAUGCUACGACUACGGGGAAGUGA